GCGGUGGGGGAGGGUCCUGGUCGCCAGCUCCGCCCGAUUCCUCCCAGCCUUUUAGGCGUCUGCGCGCCCGGGACCUUCCAGUGCCGCCAGGUCCUCCUCACACAGCACCGGUGCUCCAGACCUCGCAGCUAGCCCAGUCCUCCCGCUCCUCACCUCCCUCGGGCCGGACCACCCCUCACCGCAAUCAUGGACGCCAUCAAGAAGAAGAUGCAGAUGCUGAAGCUGGACAAGGAGAAUGCCAUCGACCGCGCCGAGCAGGCCGAAGCUGACAAAAAGCAAGCUGAGGAUCGCUGCAAGCAGCUGGAGGAAGAGCAGCAGGGCCUCCAGAAAAAGCUGAAGGGGACUGAGGACGAAGUGGAAAAGUAUUCUGAAGCAGUGAAGGAUGCCCAGGAGAAACUGGAGCAAGCCGAAAAGAAGGCCACCGACGCUGAGGCAGAUGUGGCCUCCCUGAACCGGCGCAUUCAGCUGGUAGAGGAAGAGCUGGACCGGGCACAGGAACGCCUCGCUACUGCCCUGCAAAAGCUGGAGGAGGCUGAGAAGGCAGCUGAUGAGAGCGAGAGAGGAAUGAAGGUCAUUGAGAACAGGGCCAUGAAGGAUGAGGAAAAGAUGGAGCUGCAGGAGAUGCAGUUGAAGGAGGCCAAGCACAUUGCUGAGGACUCAGACCGCAAAUAUGAGGAGGUGGCCAGGAAGCUAGUGAUCCUAGAAGGAGAGCUGGAGCGCUCAGAAGAGAGAGCUGAGGUGGCUGAGAGUAAAUGUGGGGACCUAGAGGAGGAGCUGAAAAUUGUUACCAACAACUUGAAAUCCCUGGAGGCCCAAGCAGACAAGUAUUCCACCAAAGAGGACAAGUACGAAGAGGAGAUCAAACUGCUAGAGGAGAAGCUGAAGGAGGCUGAGACCCGCGCAGAGUUUGCCGAAAGAUCUGUGGCAAAGUUGGAGAAAACCAUCGAUGACCUAGAAGAUGAAGUCUAUGCACAGAAGAUGAAAUACAAGGCCAUCAGUGAAGAGCUCGACAACGCACUCAAUGACAUCACCUCCCUCUGAGCCCACACCAGUGUGGCCACCUCUCAUCUCUUCUCCUCUUUCCAGUCUCUCUAUGGGAAAGGGGCAGGCAGGAGGAGCGAGAACUGGCAGCAUUAGAGGGAGAGCCUCCAUCACUCCCGCCUCCCACUCUGGCACUGGCUUCAUCUUUCUCUCUUCCCACUGCCCCUUCCACCUGCUGCCCUCCAUCCCUCUCUGCUGCUUAAUAAACUCUGAACUUGGUCUCCAUGCUGUUUUCCUGCCCUCCAGAGAACACUUCAUCACUGCCACAGAGCACUGGUUUACCCGAGACCUUGGCUCUUUCUGACGUCCCCCACCUUGUGACACUCACCCCCCUGCACUGAGCCAUCCCACAACACACUGGCCCACACGAGACCACUCUGCAUGGCACUGCCAGUCUGUGGCUGUCUGACUUGCUGCUGCAUGUGGGCAUGUGAGACCCUGUCAAGCACUGUCACCCCUCUGGUGCCUGUCACUGACCUUGGAGCACCUAGCUGGGGAGCUGGUAUGUAACAGAAUGACUGGAAGGGAAAUAGGAUGGUGAAGCACAAGGGAGGGGUAAGAAUGUUGUAAAGGUCUGGAAGGAAGUUCAGAAAAGUGUUGGAUAACAGCAACAGGGGCUUUCACUGCAGCUACAGGUCUGUUUUCUGCCUCCGUUCUGUCUGACCUUGCCUUUCCUGGCUCAGACUUCUUCUUUCAGUUUCCAACUUUCCUAAACCUUCUAAAGAAGGAGGGUAAAUUACUUUAUGGCCUAGGCCAGCCCACCCCAUUUGCAUGACCCCAACGCCAUGUCCAUCCUGGUCCAUCCUUCCGUUUGCCACUGUCGUACUGCCUCAGGUCCCCGAAGGCCUGUGUCUUCCUGUGUCUCCUAACCCACUCUGUAUUGGUGUUGCCUUCCCUGUCCAUUCCUCCUUGUGUCUUUCUCUUAUGUCCCCCCAUUCCCAUGCUUCUCCCAUGCUCCUUCCUCCUGCUUUCCCUCCCCCUCCUCACCUGCUGCUUCCCCUCACAGAGACCUUGGCCAGUGCCAAGGAGGAGAAUGUGGAGAUUCACCAGACCCUGGACCAGACUCUGCUGGAACUCAACAACCUGUGAGGG